AUGGAUGCUACCGCCCGCGUUGCCCUUCUCGCCGUUGUCCAGGCCGACUGGGACACCCGUUGGCAGUCGACAACUUUCCCUGGAGUCUGGGUCAUGGGAACCGACGGCUGGCCCCGGCGCCAACGAGAAGAAGAAGGAGACGACGAGGAAUUGCUGUGCCGGACAUCCAAUGGAUGUCAUUACUUAUGCGUGGACGGCGGCCCACAUUUGAAGAUUGUGGUGGCAGAGGAGUUUGCAGAGAAGAUCUUUGGUCUGUGGUUGGCUGCUCGUGACCAAGGUCACUCCAAACGAAGAUUCCGCGCCGGCUUCUUCCGUGACCAUACUGGUCACAGAUACGACCUGGACUUCAUAGUUCGUACGAUCGAGAACCACUGCCCAGCAGUGAAGAAGGAGAAGAAGGAAGAGGAAGAAAGCGGGCCCGGCCCUUGUCUCCACGGCGUCGGUCAUGCGCCAGGACCGAAGAGACGACGGGCGGCAAUGCCCAAAAAGUUCAACCAACCAAGACCCUCCUCCGAGGAACCGUUGCCCGAGGCAACUAGGAAGGAAGGGUGGAAGGUGAAGGGGGAGUGGACGCAGGAGGAGAAUGGGGAGUGGGCGCGGACGUUGGUGCGGACUGUCGGUGGAGUGGAGGAGGAGAUGCUGCUGAUUGAUGAGAACAAGUCAGCGAGGACGCCUGCCGGUGUUGGGGACACCCGGAAUCAAUACUGGCUGCAGAAGUCCGAACAACGUCGUGGUCGUCGAUGAACCAACAAAGGGGCGGUGGAUGAAAACCAUGGUAGGGCUCCGAUGAUUCACACUCUGACUGAAGGAGUGUGAUGAGGGGUUCGCCCAGGAGAGGCCUCCUACCUGGUUGGAUUCCCCGUUUCCGGCGUUGUGUUCCCGUUUUCAAGCUGGGGAGGAAUGUUUGUUGUCUGUUCUGGGGUGGAGGAAAAACUGCCCAGCGCCUGCGGGCCCGUGGCCAUUCAUGCUGUCUUUUGUUGCUCUUUUUGUGUUGGGUCUUCGGGACGAGGACGAUGAUGAAGACGAUGACGAUGAAUGAAUACCGUGUGGGCUUUAGCCGCACUUUCCUCC